AUGCAAAUUAAAUUCAAGCCAAAUAAAAAAGUCAGUCUAAAAAAUCUAUAAUAAUCUAAAACGCGUCUAGUAUAAUUAUAUAAUGUUUGAAGUUAUCGAUAAAGUUGCUUUAAUUACAGGAGGUGCCUCAGGUAUAGGGCUCUGUUAUGCUAAGGAGCUCUUAAGAAAUGGGGUAAAGGGAGUUACAAUAGCAGACAUUGAUGUAAAAGUGGGAGAACAUGCGGUAGAGGAGCUUAAUAAGGAGUUUGGUGCGACGAAAGCUAUAUUCAUUAAAACUGAUGUGACUAAUAAAGAUAAUUUUGAGGCUGCUUUUAUUCAAACCGUAGAUGUUUUUAAAAGUGUUGAUAUACUUGUUAAUAAUGCUGGAAUCUAUAACGAUAGAACUUGGGAGAAAGAAGUGGAAGUCAAUAUUCGAGGAACAAUAAACGGAAUAAUCUUGGGUUUAGAAACAUACUUAAAAAAAUUUAAGCAAGCUGACGAAGCCGUUAUCAUCAACACAGCUUCGAUUGCUGGUAUAAGGGCAGGUGCUUGGAUGCCCAUUUACGGCAGUACCAAGUUUGCAAUAACGGGCAUGACUCAGUGCUGGGGAGAUCCUUUUCACUUCCAAAGAACAGGCGUUAGGGUGGUUGCCGUAUGUCCAGGAGGUACUCACACCCCGUUGUUUGAGGCGGAAAACUACUCUUUACUGCCUGAGUAUAUAGAUGCACAAAAUCUGGCUUCGGAGAAAAGUGGACUAAAACAUAGACAAAGUCCAGAAUUUGUCGCAACAGAAGCCGUUAAAAUAAUAAAGUAUGCGAGAAAUGGAACAUUAUGGGUAGUAGAAUGUAGUGAACCUGCUUAUCAAUUUAUAUUACCCGAAAGAGACACAUUCAAAAAUAAUAAACUUGUGGAGAAAUAACCAAAGUUUAUUUUUCAUUCUAACGAAGAGAUUGUAAUAAUUGAAUAAAUAUAAAAUACACAAGAA